CUCAUUUUUUAUAGGGCAACCGCGCAACAUGAAACUCGAACAGUGUAUGUGAACUUCGGCUUCCGUGUUGCUUGGUAACUGCUCAUCAUAUAGCAGAUACUUUUGGGGGUAGUCAAACUUUAUUUUAGAGUGUAAACUAUCUAGUUAACCAUGUUUUUCGACACUAUGUGACGAAAUUAGAAUUCGGUGUGACUCGUAACACAAACAUAUCUCCAAGGUGAAGGAUACAGUAUCCUCAAGUAAUACGCAACCUGCAAAUAAGUAGACAAUAGAUUUUCGAGAGGUUUGGCGAGGUAUUUACGCUAGUUGAGAUUGUCGACGAGUAAUAUGAGAGGAUCCUCAGUAGCUAGAUGAGUUCAUUUAUUUUGAUCUUAGACAAUAGCGGGUUACAGGUUUAUUAACGUUCAGUUUGUUUCCUGUUGAAUCGCAGUUACAUGUCCUUUUCAUAACAACCCUCAGAAUGACAGAGAAACGGAUUUUUACAGGCAUUUUCUACCCAUUAUAGGGUCUAAGCUUCUUAGUAUGCUAUGAUUUUAGAUACUAAGUAGUUUAUAAUAGAAGUUGAAAUAACAAACGACUCUACGAUUCAAAUUCCCUGUUGUUUGUGAUAGUGCAGUCCUAGUCAUCGUGCAACUCAAAGGUUCCAGGAGUUAUCAGACAUAACUCAGGAUAUGAGCAAGUAGAGAAAAAUGAGGGACGUCAUAUGCCGAAAAGAGUCUUUCCUGUUUGUAGUUCAAACUAAACUGUAUUUCUUACCAUGUUAUUUUUCCUCAAUUAUUCGCUCAGAAAAUGUAUUAAAACAGAAAGGAAAGAACUUCUAACAACAAACAUACGUUCCUCCCACCUAUUGUCGUGUUCUACGCUACCUCCAUCGAUGUCGAUCUGACGAACAGGAGCAAAGUUUUCAGUCUGUUCAAGGUCCCAUAAGUGAUAAAGAAGUGUAAUGAAGUUUUGACUUGUCGGAAACAAUAACGUUGAAUAUGAGGUCGUGGGAAACGAUUUGCCUACUUUUAAUCCCAUAUAGUUUCAUAACGAAUGUACUGAUCAUCGAAUUUCAGAUUAUCCCAUGAAUUGUGAACAAUUCCUAAUAAUUUUCAAUAUCUUCCGAUAGCUUGAGCAUUUAUAAUACUGAUACAACAACUUGUAACUCUAAUAUAUAAUUAGGGAGCACAAAUAAAUUAUUAUCUACUGGUACUUCGUAUUAGAUCUCUAUUUCAAACUUGGUCAGUAAUUAGGAAUGUCAUUUGUUCUCUAAUAGAAAGUUCGUACGUGUUGACCUACUGGACAGCUUUGUUUCUAUGUUAUAAACAGAAAUGCGUCAUCAAUAUCAGUUUUGCGAACUCACAAGGCUAGUAAUGGUGGCUAGCUUAAAGUUUUUGCAAGAAUAGUGUUUAAUAUGUAACUAUAAUUUAUCACAACACUGAAUCAGAUUAUAUUUAAUAAACACAUGGCAGAUAUCUACACCCUUUCUGAUAAAUCUUAGGCAAAUAUUGGUUAGUGACGAAGUGUAGUACUUCAAUAGAAACUCAAAAUAUAUAAUGAAGUAAAUAUUGGUGGGCAAUGUACUUUUGUUUUCCUGUUUGACUUGACGACGAAACUCAAGUUAGCUUGACAUUCUAAUAAGUGACGCCGAACUACUAAGAAAUAGUCUUUUUGAUCAUGAUUAAGGGUGAGUGACAAGGUACACGUCAUAAAGGUUGACAUUCAAAAGCCGAAAUCCAAUUGACAUCUGAUAAAUGACAUGAAAUAACGUGCGCGAAGACCUCUGAUUCGGCUCUUCACCUUAACACAUAUAUCGUUUAGCUGUUGAUGGUUUUUCGUCUAGUGUAAACGUGCAUUGUGCUUUAUGAGUGUGAGAAGCAGCGUACAUGAGGAUCUGAAAGAGUACAAGAAAAACGUGAGUCGAACACUCAGUAAGUACAGAUAAUACAGUAAGAUGUAAUAAGGAAAAUAAUCUAUAAAAAUUAUCGACAACGUAACAUUAAGUUCAUCUCAUUGUAGUGAUGAUAAGAACUGGAAGUACACUGUGUGGUAUAAAUGAGUACCUUAAGAACUUCAAAUAAUAUUGAGUGGUAUUUCAGUCUUGUACAUACAGAACGGAACAAACCCUCUAUCAAUGAUUGCAAACGUGUCUUGGCAACAGCGAUCACAGUCGAUUCAGGUUUCUUUUAGAAACGUCGACGGUUCUGUCGAUCGACAGAUGGGGCUGUGAUCACAAGUUGAGGUAACGAGUUCUAGUCUUUGACGACUCGGUGUUCAACUGACGAUUAAUUUGUCUUGUGCUUGCAAACCUAGUUUGUGUCAUCGUAAAUUAUGUGCUUCGGGGAACAAUAAAUGUGGCCGUAUCAUAUGUAAAUUUAUGAUUAAGUGAUGAAGUCACUGUAUAACAAGGAAAAUAUAUUAAGUUUAGUCAGUCUGUGAAGGUAGGUCUGAUAAGCUUAUUUUGUAAAUAGUUUUCAAUGUUAUUUGUAUUUAUUUUGUCAAGCUUCCACUGUGUGUAUAUUUAACAUUAAAUGACUGUAACUGUUGUUUUAGUAAAUGACUUUGAACGCACUUUCCGUUAUGAUACUGACAUAGCGUGACAUACUCUUGCUGGCUAACAAAUACACUACUACUCACACAUUCCUCGUUCUAUCUUCGUUUGUGAUUGAGUUAGCUGAAGUCUAAAUCAAAUACUAUCAUUUUUUAUAAUGUAAUUGGAAUAUAUCCCAUUCUACGUAGAAUUAUAUCACUGGAGAGUUCGUCAACCCGCUCAGAAUCACCAAGCAUUUAUAAUUGUGGAUUUACAAUACCGGACCCAAUCAGAACACGCAACAUUUGGUCAAUUUAAGUAGCGUCCCAAAUUUUUAUUGUAUUUGUAACAAUUAACUGGUAUAUACUAAUAUUACUAUUGAUCUUCAGUAACUUUGUUGAUACUUUUCGCGUUCAUAUCUUUCUGGUCCACCACUUUCUGAUCACGUCAGGCUCACCAUUUUUGUGAAGGCCCGUAGUUUAAUUUUGUCCUCAUUUAGAUCGACGAUAUUCGUUGAAGGGCUCACCAUUUUAGUGGCCCAUAGUGGCACCUAGUAUGUUUACUCGUGGUGUCUCAGUUUUAUGAAACUCUAAAUAACGUUCUUAGAUGUGGAGAUCUAACCGACCGACUAAGUUCAGACUAACUCUUUAACGAUAUCGAUCUACAACAUACAUCAGCGACAGACAUGUUACGAAGAGAGGACCUUGGUCAAUGGACUGAAGAUGGCACAGAUAUUCAAUGUUGACAACGCUUUCACCAGUAACACCUAAUAUAACUCGUACCCACCAAAAGAAAUCAAAAGACAGAAUCGAAGAGAUCAGAAGUUGUAUUUGACGAUUGUCAACAUAUCGGAAUUGUCUGAUCUAGUCUGGCUAGCGAUCGCAAUAGAUGUUGAGCACGGCGUUCCCACACGUGAUCUGGUGCAGAUGCAUGACCGAGCACCUUCAGCUAGGUGAGUCCAUUAAAACAUGUGGUCAGCAUCCAAAGUCGAAAACUUACAGAGCUAUUUAUUUUGUGGAUUUAUUUACCGCUACAGGACCUUUUACGACGUUUCAGGAAAAUCCCUAGCCGGCACGUGUUAACGGCAACCGUAGCCGGCUAACGUAGACGUCUAUUAUAUAUAUUAUGUAUAUACAUCACCGAUGUGAUUACGAAUGUUCGCUUCCUCGUCGACACUGGCUCAGAAGUUAUCGUUCUCCCAGCAAAUUCUAGCGGCUGACUGUAUGAAGCAAUUUUCAACUUACGGCAGCAAAUAGGGAACCGAUCGCCACAUAUGCUAAGGGAUAUGUUUAUCUUAGCGUUGGUUUACGCAAGCCCACUCACUGAAUCUUCAUUAUUAUACAUGUUUCAGUGACAGUAAUUGAUAUAGACCUGCUGAAACAUCAUAAUAUAGUCAUCGACACGUGCAAACGGAGGUUAGUAGAUGGAAACAAUUUAUCUGUUUGUGCAACUUCUUUUUGCACUUCUAGAUUAUCACUAGCCAGAAUAAGACACACGAUCGAUCCAUACUACUAACAAAUACUGAGGUAUACCAAACGCAACUGAAAUUGCCAACAAACCAGCAAUGUUGCACCUCACAUCACGGCUUCUGGACGGCGAAGAAAGAACAUCAGAGCCUUUCGAUUCUGCCCGCUGUUUCGUUUCAACGACCUUGAGCAGCCUAACAGGAUCAUUCCGUAUUUCAAUUGCCGUGGGUUUGUGGGGUUGCAUGAGUAUUGAUUUUUUUCAUGCUUAGGUCAUCUUUUGCUGCAUUAAAAAUAACUGCCAAAGGCAAUAAUUUAAUAUUCUCUGUUUUGUAGUGUACACGUUGGCUCCGUUGUCGCUUCGUAACUUGAUCUGUGGUCCUAACUGCUGUAGUAAACCUCAACGAAAUGUCUAGUCACCGGCAAGUCUUAAAUAUUUUUAGUUUUUCCUUCAGUUAUUAUUGUUUCAAGGAAUAACGUUUUUAUAAUUAAUGAUUGAUUUUUGUAGUGCUUCAUGUUCAAGUGACAUUUCAGCCAACUUAAUCUAUGCUUUUCAACGUAUUAUACUGAAAAAGUGUUUUGCAAACUGGGAUGACUUUGAGAGCGCGCUAAAAAAGUUCCAAAACGUAUGCAAGGAUAAUUUUAUCCCUUCUUAGACUACCCAUACUCAUUAUAUUCACACACAUGGAUGUCAGAUUCAAAUACCUUUUCGUGACAUUUCACUGCACGUUCGGUCAUUAGCGUAAAUCAGAAAUUUCGACAAUGAAUCAAAAACCUUGAGAACUUUAACUAAUAUGUGACGUUCAAGGCCUAAGUUUCUUAACUGCCAAUUGAAGUGCCGCGUGAGAUUGGAAGCGAAAAGGUUUGUCAUGAAAUCAUACAAGAUGAUGCACAAUCAUCCUUGUAGUAGAUCUCGGAUGGUUUUUGACCUAUGGACCGGAAGAAUGUCGUCCGACGAAAGAGAAAAAUUGAAGCCAGUCAUAUUGCAGUCUCAGUCAACAGGUAAAUUAGCAGAAAUGAUCAAAAAUAAGACUGUUAAGGUCACCUCUGCCAAUGUGAAGACUAUGAAAGCUAAACACAGGUAAGUGUAUAAAAGUAUAUUUCAGGUUGCAUGACUCGAAAGCAAGUGGUGGAUAUGUUGCGACAGAAUGAUGAAGUGAGAGAGCAUUAUGAAAACAGAUAUGUGACAGGUAUCUGCUUCAGCACUCAUGAGCAGAUAUAGUUGUACAAUAAAUAUACAGAAGUUGCUGUAAGGUGCUGUACGUAUGAUUCUCCAAGGCGCGUACUUCCGUUAUUCAACAUGAUAACUCCAUUUGCACGAACACAAUUGAGAAAUAUGAUGAACGUUUCGCGAUUGAAGUUGAAACAAACGUCAACAAUUACUUUUUUGGGAAUUAUCGAUAAAAACUUGUGAACUUGUUUUUCUGAAUCAGCAUUAUCGAUGAUUUAAUAAACUUGUGCAUAAUUUU